UUUUGGGUGAGAGAUUGCAGGACACAAACGAGUGUGUGAGAGAGAAGAAGACAAUCGUCAAGUGUUGUUAUUGGUGGUGAAGUUAUAAGAAUUCGACGAAAGGCUGAAGACCAGUAUAGGAAGAAGUUGAUCAUUUUGUGAACAUGGAUCCUAAUCAUACCGACGAUCUAUUAAACCAUUUGGAGAAGCAAAAUGAAUUGCUCACAGAAACUCGUAAAACCAUGACUCAAGAACUUCAAAAACUCGAGGUGGAAGAAGAGAUGAUGAUGCGGAAAUUCUAUGAGCUAAUGUCUACACAUCGCUUAAAUAAGAAGAAAACGAAGGAGACUCAAAAUGUGUCACAAGGUAAAGAAAUAGUGGAAGUGGAAGCGGAAGCCGAAGAUACUUCCAGUACAUCGAGGGAGUUAAUCGUAUAUGUGAGAAAAAGGAAAAAGAAUCAAAAGCCAACACAAUGAAGAUUUCCAUGUCUCUGUUUAAGUGAUGGAACAAUAUCAGCUUCUUCUUUCAGCAACAACUAAAUUCUACGAACUGAAUUUAUCAAGAUUGUUUUUUUUGGUUCAUUGAUCUUUAAGUUGUUUUUGAGUGAUGAAAAUCGUUUCAAUUGCUCGAUAGUCGAUACAAGUAGUCAUAUGAACCUUGUAAGAUGUUCUUGGUGUCAUUAGAGUUUCAUCUGAUCCUAUGUGAGACUAUAAUUAAUAAUAUGUAAUCGUGAACCAAGGAGAAGAAUUGUGAGAUAUAUGAAUACCACAUCCAUGUAAA